ACACUCACUCACUGAUUCUCGAGUCACAGUAGUAAUGUUCCCCAGCGUGUAACAGGCGGAUCUCACAGACUUCAGACUGAUCCCAUCAAGAGAAAUGUUACUACUGAAAUCGUUCAAGACGUCUUAAAGUAACACGCGGAUAAGUCGAAUGCAUACUGUUUAAGUCCACGCGACGAAUAAGUUCGAAGAUGUCUGUCAGUAAUCACGAGAACCGAAAGUCAAGGUCAAGCUCUGGGUCCAUGAACAUCCAUCUGUUCCACAAAACGUCACAUCCAGACAGCCUGCUUACCCACCUCAAUCUCCUCCGCAAGCGACAUGUCUUCACGGAUGUAGUCCUGCGUGCUGGACAUCGAGCAUUCCCAUGCCACCGGGUGGUUCUGGCAUCGUGUAGCCGCUAUUUUGAGGCCAUGUUUAGCGGUGGCCUGAAGGAGAGCCGAGACGCCGAGGUCAACUUCCACGACUCUUUGCACCCGGAGGUUCUGGAGCUCCUGCUUGACUAUGCCUACUCCGCCCGUGUGAUCAUCAACGAGGAAAACGCAGAGUCUUUGCUGGAGGCUGGCGACAUGCUCCAGUUCCAUGACAUCCGCGAUGCCUCUGCAGAAUUCCUGGAGAAGAACCUGCAUCCGUCCAACUGUCUUGGGAUGAUGCUUCUGUCCGAUGCUCAUCAGUGCCAGAGGUUGUAUGAACUUUCUUGGCGGAUGUGCCUGGCAAAUUUCGCUAAUCUCUACCACACUGAGGACUUCUUAAACCUGCCCAAAGAGAAAGUUCAGGAGCUUGUUUUUAGCGAGGAGUUGGAGGUUGAGGAUGAAAGCAUUGUGUACGAGGCUGUUAUUGAUUGGGUUAGAGCAGACAUUGGGAGUAGACAUCUGGAUCUUCCCGACCUUCUGCGCUGUGUUCGCCUCGCUCUACUGCCGGAGUCCUACCUGCUAAAGAAUGUCGCGUCCGAGGAGCUCGUCAUGGGACACAAGGUGGGCCGUGAGAUUGUAGAAGACGCUGUCCGUUGCAAAAUGAAGAUCCUGCAGAACGACGGAGUUGUCACAGGUUUCUGCGCCCAACCCCGUAAGGUCAGCCAAGCCCUCCUGCUUCUAGGAGGCCAAACGUUCAUGUGCGACAAAGUAUACAUGAUUGAUCACAAGGCGAAAGAGAUCAACCCCAAAACGGACAUUCCUAGCCCUCGCAAAGAGUGUAGUGCUUGCGCAAUCGGUUGUAAAGUAUAUGUCACGGGUGGUCGAGGGUCUGAAAACGGGUCUUCAAAAGACGUUUGGGUCUAUGAUACAUUGCACGACGAAUGGUCCAAAGCUGCACCGAUGCUCGUCGCUAGAUUUGGACAUGGUUCAGCAGAACUUGACCACAUCCUGUAUGUAGUAGGUGGACACACAUCCCUUGCAGGGUCGUUCCCUGCAUCCCCGUCUGUGUCCCUGAAACAAGUGGAGCAGUACAACCCCCAAUCCAACAAGUGGACACUGGUAGCUCCUCUUCGAGAGGGUGUGAGCAAUGCUGCUGUCGUAGGGGCCAAAAACAAACUCUUUGCUUUCGGAGGGACUAGUGUCAACAGGGACAAGUAUCCUAAGGUUCAGUGCUUCGACCCCUGUGAGAACAGGUGGACUGUCCCGGCCACUUGUCCUCAGCUUUGGCGUUACACAGCGGCAGCAGUUGUUGGGAACCAUGUUGUGGUCAUUGGUGGAGAUACUGAGUUCUCGGCGAGCUCCGCGUACCGCUUCAAUAGCGAGACGUUCCAGUGGACCAAGUUUGGUGACGUGACUUCAAGGAGAAUCAGCUGUCAUGCAGUGGCGUCGGGGAAUCGCCUGUAUGUGGUCGGGGGAUACUUUGGAGCACAGAGGUGUAAAACCUUGGACUGCUAUGACCCCUCAACGGACUCAUGGGAUAGCAUAACAAGCAUACCGUAUUCGCUUAUCCCAACAGCUUUUGUCAGCACCUGGAAGUACCUCCCAUCUUGAAGAAAAAUACUACUCUUAUUUGAUCUUUCAGCGUUCUCUGGAAUGUC